CAUAAGGGCUGCACCGAGUCAACACCAAAUCCACUCCCUUAACACUUCAGGGAGAGACCGAGAGAGUUUCGAACUCUCCUUUCUUUUCUCCGUCAAAGCCGCAAGCCCUCCUGCCUCCUCUCGGCGAUUUCCAAUCCGUUAAAAAUUCCAAAAAUCUUUCCCUAAUUUUAUCCUUUUUUUCUAAUUCGAACCCAGAUCCCCAUAAACCGUAGGUUUUCUUACAUGAUCAGACGCUGUCGACCGUGAUUGGCCCACGAAAUUCAGUCGAAAGCCACUCCCUCAGGCAGAUCUUGAGUAACAAGAAGAAGAGAAGAAAAGGGAUAUGUUGGAGAAGAUUGGAUUGCCGGCAAAGCCAUCGAUGCGAGGCAGCAAUUGGGUGGUGGAUGCAUCGCACUGUCAGGGCUGUUCAUCUCAAUUCACGUUCUUGAAUAGAAAGCAUCAUUGUCGCAGAUGUGGAGGCUUGUUUUGCAACAGUUGCACCCAGCAGAGAAUGGUUUUACGUGGGCAAGGUGAUUCACCAGUGCGGAUAUGCGACCCUUGCAAGAAACUAGAGGAAGCGGCACGCUUUGAGUUGCGUUAUGGAAACAAAAAUAAAGCUGGCAAAGGAGGUGGUUCGAAAGUGGAGCCCAAGCAUGAGGACGAGCUUCUAAAUGAGAUUCUCGGCACUGACAGAAAACGACCCUUUUCAUCAGCCCGGGAGUCCACCGAUGUGGUUUCCGAGCUUCAAAGGGCUGCGAGCAGUUCUUCUUGUUCAAAUUUACAGGAAGAGGCAGUUACUCGAGAUGGAGAGGGAGAUAUCCUCGGGUCUACCUCCAUCGAGAAUGAGAUUGGGUCACGUAGCCCGGAGGAGCUGAGGCAGCAAGCAUUGGAAGAGAAGAAGAAAUAUCGGCUACUAAAGGGAGAAGGAAAGUCUGAGGAAGCGCUACUAGCCUUUAAGCGGGGUAAAGAGCUGGAGAGGCAAGCCGGGGCGGUUGAAAUCGCAUUGAGAAAGAGCCGUAGAAAGGCAUUGACCUCGAACAGUUCAGCGAGCAUCCAUAAAACAACUGACAGACCUCAAGAAUCCGGGCAAAAGAGCAAGAUUGAAGAAAAGGAUGACCUUGCAUCUGAACUGAGAGUACUGGGCUGGUCGGAUGCCGAUCUACAAGAUGCAGACAGAAAACCAGCGAAGAUCAGUUUGGAGGGCGAGCUGUCGAAUCUCCUAGGCGAGGUCUCUCAUAAUUCCAACGGAGAGAGAAAAACUAGCGGCAUCGAUAAGACCCAAGUCCUUGUUCUCAAGAAAAAUGCUCUCAUGCUUAAACGCGAAGGAAAGCUUGCAGAAGCGAAGGAAGAGCUAAAGAGAGCUAAAGUUCUAGAAAAGCAAAUAGAAGAGCAGGAGCUUCUGGCGGGGUCUGAAGAUUCUGAUGAUGAGCUGUCCGCCCUAAUCCGGUCCAUGGAUGACGGUGAUGACAAACAUGAUGAUUUCUCGCUGGAUUAUUCGCAUGAUCCGGGUAUCGACCUAGAACGCCUUGUCAGUGUUGCCGAUGAUAUUGCUAUUGAUGGGAAUUUUGACGUGACGGAUGCUGAUAUGAAUGAUCCUGAGAUUGCUGUGGCCUUACAAUCGUUUGGAUGGACAGGAGACUCAGGUCAUUCGGAUGAUGAUGUAUUGCAGUCUGUUCCGCGGGACACAGAAGCAUUAAAGCAAGAAGUGCUUUCUCUGAAGAGAGAGGCUCUUAACUUGAAACGGUCCGGGAAUGUUGCCAAAGCGAUGGCCCAGCUUAAAAAGGCAAAAUUACUUGAAAAGGAGAUCGAAGAUUUGCAGUCGCAAAGUCAAUCUAAUUCCCAAAACAACACAGCACCAUCAAAUUCCAUGCGGAAGCCAUCAAUGUCGGUUGAGGCUGAUAUGAAAGAUCAUGAUCAUGUGCUGCCGCCCAAAAGUAAAUUAGCAAUCCAGAAAGAGCUGUUGGGUCUGAAAAAGAAGGCCCUUGCAUUGAGAAGGGAAGGCCGAUUCGACGAGGCGGAAGAGGAAUUGAAGAAAGGAAAGGCCCUCGAGCAUCAGCUUGAGGAGAUGGAUAAUGCACCGAAAGCUGCGAAUGUUGGUAGGAAAGAUAGAGACUCUGAACCAGUGCGCAAACACCCAGGUGCUGCCGAAACUCUGGCUCUUGGGGAUGAAGAAGAAGAGGAAGCGGAUGUGACGGAACAGGACAUGCAUGAUCCUGCAAUGCUCUCAGUGUUAAAGAAUCUGGGAUGGGAGGAUGAUGAUGUUGCAUUGGGAAGUGUGCCGAGGCAAGCUCUGAAGAAAACUGAUGGCAACUCGAGAAGUACAACUGAAGUGCUGGUUCAGGCACCGAGGAGUAAGGCCGAGAUCCAAAGGGAACUCUUGGGCUUGAAACGGAAGGCUCUUGCGCUUCGACGGGAGGGGAAGUCUGAGGAAGCUGAGGAAGAGCUAACAAAGGCCAAGGCCUUGGAGGCACAAAUGGUGGAGAUGGAAGCCCCACAGAAAGAGCCGCUGCAUGGAUCUUUGGGUGGUCGUGAGAAGUGUGGAAGAGUAGAAGAUGAUAUCGUGUUACCUUCAUCAAUUGAGCAUAUAGGUUUGGACGCAGAAGAUGAUCCAAUGGUGGAUGUUUCGGAUGCUGACUUGAGAGAUCCCCGGCUGGUCAAAGCUUUGAAGGAUUUGGAUUGGAAGGAAAAUGAUAUAACUAAACUUCUUCCUGUGAGUUCUUCCGUUUUGGUACCUGAAACUUCUCUACCCAAUCAAGACAAGCAUCUGUCGAUCGCAAAAGCGGGCUCUACAGCUGAACUGGGAUUGGCGAAACAAGCAAACUUUCUACCUCAAUCAGACGGAUCGGUGAAUUUAUUCGAUUAUCUGACAGGAAAUGAGUGGAAUAAUCCUCAUUUAUCUGUUGAAAAACUGUCAACUGAUGGAAUUUCAGAGACCAACAUGUCUGCAAACCUCAAAGAAAAAGUGGGUAUUGUGGAGGAGAUUUCAUCUAGUAGGGUUUUAAAUCGUGUGGCUGAGAGGAGAGAGAGAGCGAUUCCUACUGUGGAGAAGACUCCGACCCACAAUGCAGAUCCUGGUGUAGGACCUAAUUCUCAGACAGUUCAAAGCUCAGGCCGACAAGAAAUACUGGCCCGUAAAAGAAAAGCGGUAGCUCUGAAGAGAGAAGGUAAGUUGGCAGAAGCUCGAGAGGAAUUACGACAGGCGAAACUCUUGGAGAAGAGUCUAGAAGUAGAACACCACCAGCUCGACACAGGUCAUAUGGAUGUAGUGGUUUCCACUUCUGACAGUAUCUCCGCCGUGCAAGAGAGCCGAACAAAUCAAGCUCCGAAGCCAAUGUCGGGCCGGGACCGUUUCAAGCUGCAGCAAGAGUCCCUGGCACACAAACGUCAGGCAUUGAAGCUGCGGAGAGAAGGCCGGAUUGAGGAAUCUGAGGCGGAAUUCGAACUGGCCAAGGCACUCGAGACCCAGUUGGAAGAAUUGGGCGGCCAUGAUUCUGCUGCUGGCAAAUCUAAAAGCAAAGCGGAAGCGACAGAUGGCGUGGUCAUUGAUGAUCUUCUUGAUCCUCAGCUUUUGUCAGCACUUAAAGAGAUUGGAUGGCAAGAUGCUGAUAUUGUUGAGCGGCCCCAAGAAAAGACGGAAGCUAAACCUACUUUCGUUGAAAAAGAGAACACGGGCUGGGAGAAAGCUGAGCUAGAAGAAAGGAUCAAGGCUGAGAAGAUUCGGGCACUAAACUUGAAACGGGCAGGAAAGCAAGGUGAGGCUUUGGACGCUCUUAGACGGGCAAAGCAGCUUGAAAAGAAACUCAAUUCAUAAGCUUAGCAGCAUGAUCUAAAGAACAUACAUUUGUAUGCACAUUGUCUCACGCAAGAGAAGGGGCCUGUUUGGACAUACCCAAAAUGCCGACGGGAGAGAGAUUGGUGCCACCACCCAUAAUGAGGUAUGAGAUGAAUAAUAAGCUCUAGAUGAGAGAGAUUGGUGCAUCAUGUUAUCUGCCUUUUUGUGGAUUUGACUGACGGACUUCUGCCCCCAAAAUGUGGAGGGGGAUUCGUAUUUGCUGCAAUUUGUAAUCUGGGGUACAUCCUAACAGACCGAAGCUUUUCAAAUAUCUGAUAGAAGUUUGUAAAGAUGUGUAUGAUUAUCCAUGUCGUGGAUAAUGCUUCUUUUCAUUGCAAAGAAA